GUGAGCGUGGGCGUGCACCAUGUCCGGACGGAGCUCACCAUACCCGCCCUCACCCGUGACUACGCCCGCGCCAACCUCACCUGCCGCGCCUCCAACAACAACCUUACCGAGCCCCUUCAUACUACAGUCUCCCUCGACCUGUAUUUGCGGCCGUCCAAGGUAGUAGUGAGGCCGCCGCAAGGAGCCGCUGGUGGAGGGGCGCAAGACGAGGCUGGAGUGCGUGGCCUCGGGGGCGUACCCUUCAGCUGUCAUCACGUGGCAGAAGACCAGAGGAGGCAAGACCACCACGGAGGAGGGAGAGCAGUCCCGGAUGAUGGGCAACAAGACUGUCUCGCUGCUCACGUUCAUCCCCGAGGCGGAGGACAACGGCGCGGCGCUCACCUGCCGGGCACACAACCCCAGCAUCCCCGGCCAGGGCAUGCACACCACCACCGUCCUCCAAGUCACCUUCAAGCCUCGGGUGAAGCUUCGGCUGGGUGUGAACCUGGGAGGGCGCCCCAUCACCGAGGCGGAGGAUGUGUACUUCGAGUGUGAGAUCGCCUGCAACCCUGGCGCCCGGGAGGUCCUGUGGCACAAAGACGGCCUACCGGUGUACCAGGACAUGAAGGCGGGCAUCAUCGUGUCCCAGAAGAACCUGGUGCUGCAGAUGGUUCGCCGCACCUCCGCCGGGAACUACACCUGCACGGCCUCCAACGCCCUGGGUACCACCGUCAGCAACGUGGUGCCGCUCUCCAUCCGCUAUCUCCCGGUGUGCAGGGACGGGCCGCAGACGGUGGCGGUGGCGGAGGGCGAGGACGUGCGCCUCACUUGCCGGGUGGACGCGCAGCCUGACGAGAAUCUGCGCUUCACCUGGUACUUCAACAACACCCUGGACACCGUGGAGGUGGAGGGGCACCGCGUGGAGGUCAGAAAGGGGCACAGCUUCCUCGACUACACCCCAAGGUCUGCGCGGGACUACGGCACCCUCUCCUGCUGGGCCAUGAACAUCGUGGGCACCCAAGCUGACCCCUGCCGCUUCACCGUGGUCGAGGCGGGCCCUCCAGAGCGGGUCGCCAACUGCGUGCUUGUGAACCUGACGGUGGGGACCCUGGAGGUGGGGUGCACGCCGGGGAAUGACGGGGGCCUGCCGCAGUACUUCGUGGCGCGCGUGUACACGUCCCCCACCCACAUCCUGCUGGCGACCCUUCAGGAGCAGGAGCCGAGGUUCCACGUGGGCGGCCUCACACCGGGCCAGGACUACCUCAUCACCAUCACCGCGGUCAAUGCCAAGGGCGCGAGUGAGCCUGAGGAGAUCGACGCUAUUAGACUGAAGGUAGCGGAGAAGCGUAUGGGUGACGUGUCCUCGCCGCCCGUGUCUCCCCUUGUGGGCGUGUUCCUGGGGCUAGUGGGCGGCUUCGUGUUGCUUCUCCUUGCCGGCAUCCUCCUCACCCGCGCCCGCUCCAGCAACAGGUGCACGUGUUUGCGGCAGCGGGACCGGGGGGCUGGCGACUCUGGCAGCACCUCCGCCUCGUCUAAGAAGGGCGUUGGGGGGCGGGGCAUCUCCUCCCCGGGCGACGAUCCUGACGACGAGGACGACGACGAGGACGGGCCUGACGUGGUGAAAACUGCGAACGAGACAGCGCAGCUUCUAGAGGGUCAGAAGUGCCCAGAAAUCAUCCCUGCCCGGCGCCCACAGACGUACACCCACACUACGGUACUAAGUCAAGCCAGCACAAAGGAGGGCUCUCAGUUGGCGCCAAAUGGGACGGGGGGAAGGGGACUGUUUCGGGACGCCGGCAGCCCCCACCACCUGGCGCAAGACGAGAGCUUUGUGUAACCCCGACCCCCACUGCACCCCACCAAGCCCCACCCCGCUGUACCCCGCCCUGCAGUGCCCCGCCGCUCACACGUAUCUGCCAGUGCCCGAGGAUACAUGAAGGAUACCUGGGUACCUUUGGAUACCUGCUAAUUGUUCCCAUGACUCACCUGGCGCCCUCUGUUUCGUGCCGUGCCGCUUCGUUAUCUGAAUACGUGCAUUGAUUGGAAAGAUUAGGGAAAAAAGGCGACUGGAGAGUUAAAAGACGGAAAAGUGGAGGGAAAACAAGGCGAUUCGGUCAGUCAAGCAGUCGGUUAGUGAAGUGGAUGAUGGAUGGAAAGGAAGGAAAGAAAGAAGGAAGGAAGGAUCUGCGUGACUCCAGCUCUCUCAAGUUAUGUGAUGUCACGUGAUGUUAUGUGAUGGUGUCUACCGUGAUGUCCAAAAGUCUGCUCUCCUUCUUCACUUCUGUUUGUCCGUCUGCAUUUUUUUGCUGUUUCGGAUUUUUUUUUCUUUCUCCCGCUGUUUAUUAAGUUAAGGUGAGUUUGUGUUGUUUUUCGUUUUGUUUUUGUUUUUGUUUUAUAUUUUUGUCAUUUCUUUUAUUCUCGAUUUGUCUCUGUUUUCUUGUUUUCUCGUCUCUCUCUCUCUCUCUCUCUCUCUCUCUCUCUCUCUCUCUCUCUCUCUCUCUCUCUCUCUCUCUCUCUCUCUCUCUCUCUCUCUCUCUCUCUCUCUCUCUCAUCCAAAAUGUUGAUGUUUGUUUACACACACACACACACACACACACACACACACACACACACACACACACACACACACACACACACACACACACACACACACACACACAAUUAUUUUCUUUCCUUUUGUGCGUAUAAUGUUUUAAACUAAACUCGAGCGGCAUGCCUUUGAGAUGCGCGGCAGUCAGAGUGAAGCUAAAAUGCGCAGGUGUGAGUAGAAACUGCGAGUGACAUUGAAAAUAAACUCAGAAAUGUAAAAAAAAAAGAAUGUACUCUUACGGAUUUUUAUAAAGGGAUUUUUUUUUUUUUCCGGCUUUCGAGUGAAGGAAGUAACAGUAAGUUUGGGGAGCACCUUUUAUGUCAACUUUGGAAGGUAUUUAUAAGAUGCCAUGAUUAGAUACAGGGACGCGAUGUUUUUUGUGCUUGUGUUUGUGAUGUGAUGUGGCGAGAAGAUUAAAAAAAAAGAAAAAUCAGCCACUUAACACUGUCACCAUUAUCACCAUCACUGCCCUCCUCGCCUCCGCCUGGCUGGAUGGGAUGACCUCCGCACUGUGUUUUUGCUCCAGAAACACAAACAACUAACUUUGGUGGAAGUUUGUCAGCUGUUACGUGGUGGGGAAAGGGAUGAGGGGAGGGAGGGAGAGAGGUGAGAGGGGCGGUGCUAUCCUUUGCUUGCAGGCCACCUCGCCGCUCUCCACCGGUAGUCCUCACUUUAGACAUUGUUUUUCCUUCCGUUUUUAACCAUUUCGUCUCUUCCUUCCAUAUUUUUCUGUGUUAAAUCUGUAGUUUUCUUAGUUAAUGCUCUCUACUCUUUUACCUUUUCUGUGUUCUGCUUUUGAAGGCCAGAGUUAUCUAUUCUGCUUCGCUUUCGCUGCCUGUGUUAAGUAGUUUUGUUUUUACUACGUAUAUUCACUUCCCACUCGUCCACCGCACGGCUCUUUCUCUGCUUGGCCCGCCCCUCUAAGCUGCUUCACUCCUGCAGCCACCAAGACAAUUAAUUCACACCUUGCUCGAUACCUGUGCUUUCCUGAGUGUUCUGUGGCGGAGGGUAUUGGCAGUUAACUGAGGGAGGCGCAGGGGACGCUGGUAGGCGUUUGGAGGUGUUGUGUUGCUCAGGGCGGCGAGGCAACAGUCAACACGGCCAAGGACUACAACCAAACACCCGCGUCUCUGUGUUGGUCGGUGUGUUGAGGACGGUCACACCGCGGCGUCAAGUCCAGGGUUGGUGAGGCAAAGGUUUGAUGUCACCGGGACGCUCUGUGAUUCUCUCCCCGCCCGCUAGGAGCACCUGUUGAGGGCGCCAGUGUGCAGGCGUGGCGGCGCGGCGGACAGCACGACUUGGCUGUAAAUAGUGUAUGUUAUUCUGUAAAUGAUGCCUUGACUAGUCGACGGUAGAUCCACAUCAUAGGUUUUGUAUGGACUCGGUGGUACGUCUAGUUUUAUAUACAUAAUACUAUAUGAUCAAGUAUGUCGUGAGAGGUUGGUGUCAUGAUUAAAAAAAAAAAACUAUAUAUACAUAUCGUGUGAGAAUCUGAUGUACUGAAUAGGUAAGAGAAAUGUAACUGAAUGUACAUGUUAUUCGUUGUAAAUUUUAAAUGGGAUCUGUAUCCUGCAUUUUACCCAAAUUCAGGUAAAUCUACAUAUCUCGUCAGGUGAGAAUGUCCCGAAUUUAAAAGCUUGAAAUCAUUCCCUUCAUGAGUUGUCCCGGCGGUGCUUUCACUGACAACACUUUCAUUUGGAAAAAGAAAUAUGCGUGCAUAUAUAUAUAUAUAUAUAUAUAUAUAUAUAUAUAUAUAUAUAUAUAUAUAUAUAUAUAUAUAUAUAUAUAUAUAUAUAUAUAUAUAUAUAUAUAUAUAUAUACUCGUAUAUAUAUAUAUAUAUAUAUAUAUAUAUGAAUUCGCUUAUCGAGUGGAAUGAGUGGAGGCUGCCCGGCGACAAGCAGCACCCGAGGGCCGGGCAGCACCAGCACCAGCACCACCAACACCACCACCACCAUCAUCAUCACCACCGCCACCGCCGCCGCCGCCGCCGCUCGUUAGUGUCCCGGGUCGGGUUCACUUAAUCAAGGAAUCGAGCUUCCACAACUUGUAUGUAAAAGCAGCUUCGAUUUUUGUCCAUAUAGAUAAGUUUACCUGCUGAAUGUUACAACUACCAGCCGUAAAGAGAUAUCCAAUAUAACCGUUAAUUUAGUGGUCUCGUGUCGGCCGUCUGUCGCGGCGAGGACGGCCCGAGACCAGCGCCCCUCUGGGCGGUGACUCACGCAGCCACGGCACCGCGGCACCGCGCGGCGUCAUGCAGGACUGACAGUGUACUGCCCCAUGACACUCGUAGCAGUGCCCUCGCCGCCUGGCACGCCCCCACCAGCGGCCACAGCUCCAGCCCGCGGAGCCUGGAGGCCAGCAAGCCUCCAAGCCGCUCCGGUCAACCAAGGUUCUCGAUAGUCACUAGGAGACUCAUUUGUACGGGACGGUGGCGACUCGUUUGAAAUUUUCUUUUGUAAAUUCUUAAGCUGUGAUUACGACUGCAAUGGCUAUUAUAUGUAUAUUUUAUAUAAUAAAAUAUAUGAAUAUUU